AUGCAAAACACCAGCGCGGCGAGCGCGCUUGCCGGCGCGGACUCUCACGCUGUCACGCUGGAUGGCAGACCCCUGAUCUAUCAGGACGGCGACUCCGGAGGGCGGUCCCUGCGGCGGAACGGAGACGACUGCCCGGAGCCUGCAGGGGAGGAGGAGGCGGAGGAGCCUGCAGGGGAGGAGGAGGCCGUGGAGGGGUAUGGAGAGCAGGACGAGGAGGACGAGGAUGGGCCGUACGGUGGACAACAUUCCAUGCAGCGGCGGCUAGGCCGGGGCCAGUGUCGGGGAAGUCAGAUCAGCAGAGGCGACGGCGGCGGCGGCGGAGCUGCCACCACCGCCGGCACCGCCGCCGAGGAGCCUCUGCCGCUCUUAGACCCGGUUUGUGUGUCAGCGGCAGUCUGCCGUAUGGUACGACUGCACAGGGCGUCGCCGCCGUCGUCCGCCGCCGCCGUGGCGGGAUCGACGGAGUGGCAGCCCUUCCUGCGCCUCGCUGCGGCAGCUGUACGGCAUUGCCUUGCGAACGCCGCCACCUCCGCAACCGCGGGCGAGCUUCCUUCCGCCGCUUUCACCUUGGGUGCGGGGCGCGAAGCGGUAGUACCGGCGACAGCGGCUGUGUCCUCCUGGGUAGUCAGGGCAACACAGCUCAAGGCAGUUGCCGCCGCCGACAGCGGCGGCGGCGGCGGCAAUGGCCACCUGCAUGCGGUCAGCCCCGCGACGCUGGCCUUCGUAGAGGCGGCGGCGGCGGCGGAGCUCGCCGCUGUCGACGCUGUUGCCGCUACCGCUGGCAGCGGCGGUGGGCUUUCUUCGACGGCAGUGGCAGCGGCAGCGGCCCCAGUGGGUCGAUUCAGGCCUCGAGAGCUGGCAAAUGUGGUGUGGGGCCUGGCCUGUCUUCGGAGCCAGGAUGCACAGCUUUGCGGCAGACGAGAGGACCAGGUGCUACUGCUGCGGCUGGCGGAGGAGCUACUGCCGCGGCCGCCGCUGGACGAACAGGCGUCAGGCUUGGCGGCCAUGGAAUCGGCAGCCGGCAGCAGUGCUACUGCCCAUUCCGGCGGUAGCGUCAGCAGCAGUAGUUGUAGUUGGUUUCGGAGCCGCUGGCAGCCCGGGGAGCUCGCGAUGAUGGCAUGGGGUAUGGCGCGCGCCGGCGUGGCGCCGCCGAGCCGCCGCUGGCUGUUGUCGUUCAUUGCGGCGUGGGACGAGCGCACGUUGAUGUCGGCGGCCCCAUCCGACCUGGCCUGUCUGGCCUGUCCUUCUGGGUGGCCAGCACAGAGCACAUACGGUGCCGUACCGCUCCGCGAGCAGCCGCCGCCGCCGGGACGUCGCAACGCUGGUCACCGACGGAUCACCAAGGACGCACUUAACUCGGAACAGAACCUGAGCAGACCGCCUGGCGGGGCUGGCGCUUGUCGUACUGCCGCUGGCUCGGAUGUACGACAUGUGGAUGGCAGCGGGCAGCGGGCCGCGGGGAGCUGGGGUGUCUCCGAGCUGGCGAUGCUAAUUUGGUCGGUGGGGGAGCUACAGCUUGCGCCGCCGGCGGACUGGAUGGAAGCGGCAUUGCGCGCCGCUGCGGCGGCGGCGCCAGCGGCGCCGCCGCUGGCGCUGGCAACGACGCUCCGCGGCGGCAGCGCCAGCUGCUCCAGCAGUACACUCGCCGUACAGCAGCUUCACGGCUCGACGGAUGCUAUAACGUCGGGGGACACCGUGGGGACCGGUAGUGGUCGUACAUGCCCGGCGGCCGAUCAGCUGCGUGUUAGCAGACCCAUGGGUCACUCCUUUCCUUUCCAUGUCGCAGCAGACGGCGCCGCCGUCGCUACGGCGGCGCCGUUGCCGUCGCCGGGCGCAGCGCAGCAGCAGCAGCAGCAGCUGCUGCACCAGCGGCCGCCUCGGCGGCCGCCGCAGUCACCGCCGCCGUGUCAGUCGCUCGUGGCGGCAUUCGUACGGUCGUACCUGGGCCGCUGCGCGGCGGCGAUUGGAGGCUUUGGUCCGAGCCAGGUUGUCGAUUUGCUGGCGGCAGUAGAGGCCCUCGCCGCCUCCGGCCACCUGCCCCCACCCGAAGCCCUUCCGGUGCCGGUUGAGAAGCUUCUGGACGCAGCUGUAGCUCGCUUACAGCGCUGCUAUAGCCUGGGCCUUGGCGCGCGGCAUUUGCUGGCGGCGACCGGCAGCUUGGCGGCAAUGGGCCAUACGCCGCCGGGGGAGUGGUUGGACUGGUGGUUGGACGAGAUGUACGGCAGCUUCGUGGCCGGCCGCUUGCGGUGCCAUGAGCUGGCGGCUGUGUUGCGGGCUCUGGCCGCCUUCCGUGUCGUACCCGGCACCGCCUGGCGUGCCGCCCUGCUGACCGCCGCCGCCGGCCAGCUCCGACAUACCGACAGACCAGGACUGACGAACCUGGCGGCCUCCAUGGCGGCGGCAGGACUACGCUUAGGUAGCGGCGGCGGCGGCGGCGGUGGCGGCGGCCAGGUCGUCGGCGCCACGUUAGCGGCGCCGGCGGAGGCGGCGGCGACCGCGUCUUGGUUCUGGCUGACGCGGUUUUUGCGCGUGUGGUCGGGUCUUCGUGGGUCCCAGCGGGUCCACUACUACGGCGGCACGUCGCCGCUGUUGCGGCCGCCGACGGCGCACCAAGCGGACAGCUUGUGUGAGGCGCUGGUCGCUCUGGCGGGUCCCGUGGCCUGCUGGCCCCCCGCGCCCCGAGCAGCCCUCAGAGCGGCUCUCCUGAGGCUGGGCGCCCUGCCUGCGGUGGCGAGAGCGCUGGGGCUGGGGCCGGAGCUGGGGCUGGGGCCGGGGGCGGGGCUGGGGCUGGGGCCGGAGCUGGGGCUGGGGGAUAAGGGGAUUUAG